AUGGAAGAUGGCUUUGAGUUUAUCGUUAAAAACAAAGGCAUCAACACUGAGGUGGCUUACCCAUAUCAGGCAACAGAUGGAACCUGCAACACCAAGGAAGAAGUUGUCCAUGCUGCCACCAUUACUGGGUAUGAAAAAGUGCCAGCCAACACUGAAUCCGCAUUGUUACAGACAGUCGCUAAUCAACCCAUAUCAGUUGCCAUUGAUGCCAGUGGCAUGGGUUUCCAGAUCUAUUCAGGUGGCGUGUUUACUGGAGAUUUUGGAACUGAUCUUGACCAUGGUGUUACAAGCUUGUUGAAUCAAAUGGAGUUAUAUGUGGUUGUGUAUAUACUUGCAAUCUUAGGCUUGGAUAGUCUACAAGGAAUCAUGCUGGAUCAAGGCAGUUGUAUUGAUACCUGUUGUACUUUUUACAAGAAGUUCUUUAAGUUGUCACCAGAAGAAUCAUCAAAGGAUCCAUUAUAUCUUUUGAGGGACAUGUCCAAUAACGAUAACAAAAACUAA